AUGACAAAGAUCCGUAUCGCCCUCGCCCAGACUUGGCCAGUGUCCGCCGACGAGGGUCCCGCAAAGCUCGAAAAGGCGCACACCACCACCCCGUUCCCGACCAUUGAGCAGAACCUCAUCGAUGUCGAGCGCCGUGUCAAGGAUGCUGCCGCUCACAAGGCCGACGUCGUCGUGUUCCCAGAGUACUUUCUCCAGGGCAUUGCCAACGAGGGCCGCCAGUAUCUCACCUUCCCCUCGGUCCACCUCACGUCCUUCCUGCAAGCUCUUGCAAAGAGGCACAGCAUCUCCAUCGUCGGCACCAUUGUACACGGCACCCACCCUCCUUCGGCUGGCAACGCGGCCUUCCCAACCGGCUCUCCAUUCGAGCACCUCCUGAGCGGAGCCAAGCCCGGUGGCAAAAUCACGCCGGCGCAGCUCGAGUGGGCCAAAUGGCUCCAGCAGCAUCCCAGCUCUGCCGAGGAGAACUCGGAGCCCGUCCUACACAACACAGCGUUCUUCAUUGACGAGAAUGGCGACCUGCUGGGAGAGUAUAUCAAGGAGAACCUCUGGCACCCCGAGCGUGACUACUUGACGGCUGGUACCGGCAAGCCAGCCGUCUUCCAAACCAAGUGGGGCAAGGCAGGCUUCCAGAUCUGUCCCGCCCAGACUCUUGCUGACCUCGGGGCCGACAUCAUCUUCCACCCGACGUAUUGGAUGGCCACUGACAGCGAACCUCAUGUCUCGCGCCACGAACACUCGAGCAACUACGAGACCUCUGUCCUGUCCGCCCUCUGCUUUGCGCGCUCAUUCGAGACCGAAACCGUGUGGGUCAUGUGCAACGCCGGAGGCGCCGAGUAUGAGGGAUUCAUGGGCGGGUCCGCUGUCUGGGCUCCCCUCCGUGGCCGCAUCGGAGGCUUUGACUCGUAUCAGGUUGGUGUCUCUGUCGUCGAGGUCGAUGUGGCCUCGGUGGUCAAGGACGGCCGCAGCCUUUACAAGAUCCGUGAGGACUGGGCGGCCAAGCAGGCGUCCUAG